GCCGCUCCGAUUCAAAUCGCCUCGUGGCGUUGGAAGAGGCGACGGUUGCUCGGAGCCGCGCCGCGCUGUCGCCGCUUCACUUGUGCAGCUCACACCCUGCCGGCAAACAUGUCCAGCAAACAGAUCUAUUACUCCGACAAGUAUUACGACGAUCAGUACGAGUACAGGCAUGUUAUGUUGCCCAAAGAACUUGCAAAGAAAGUACCAAAGACUCAUCUUAUGUCUGAGGAUGAAUGGCGGAAGCUAGGUGUCCAGCAAUCUCUAGGCUGGGUACAUUACAUGAUGCAUGAACCAGAACCUCACAUUCUACUGUUCAGAAGACCUCUUUCAAAGGACCAGGAAAAAUAAAUCUUCAUUUCUGGAAAUUUCUGGGACUUUUUGUAAAUAUUGUAGUAUUCAGUGAAUACAUUAAAAUUGUACAAAUUCAUUCAAAUCUGUGUAAGGGCUGUAUUCUAAACAGCAAUAGAGCUCGUUGUGGUACAGUGGGUUUAGACCGCUGUGAGAUGUAUUUAAAAAAGUACUGUGAGUCAAAAUGAUGUUGGUUCCACUCUAAGAAAUUAUAGUGCCUUCUGUUUACUUUUUUUUCUGUAAACUUCUCUUUGUCUAAGUUUUCUUUGAAUGGAUACUGUUGUGAAUAAAAAGAGAAAUCCAGUAUG